AUGGACAACACCGAAUUGAAUACAGCGGACAAUGUUCCUGAAGAAGAGUUCAUUGCAGAUGAGGAAGUUGGUGAAGAAGUUGUCUUAGAUAACGUUGAACCUAGUGAGAAUAUUGGUGAUGAUGACGAUAAUGAUCAAGAGAUGGGCGGUUUAGAUGGUGCUGAGACCCUUGAGAUCGAUAUGUCUAAUAAUUCAAGUGGAUUUUUCGAUAAGCAUACUGAUUCUAUAUUUUGCAUUGCACACCACCCUACUUUGCCCCUAGUGAUGACCGGUGGUGCAGACAACGUAGCGAACUUGUGGACUUCUCAUUCGAAACCUCCUAAGUUUGCUGGAUCCUUAGAACAUACUGAGUCUGUGAUUUCUGGUGGGUUCACACCUGAUGGGAAGUUUUUAAUCACUGCAGAUAUGAACGGUAAGGUAUUUAUUCAUAAGUCUGUGAAGGGCGGUGCUCAAUGGAAACGUUGUAGCGAGUUAGAAGAAGUGGAAGAAGUUGUGUGGUUAAAAGUACAUCCAACGGUAUCGGGUGUUUUUGCAUUCGGUGGUGUUGACGGAUCGGUAUGGUGCUAUCAGUUGAACAACGUGGAUGGGUCGUUGUCUCAGAUCAUGUCCGGUUUCUCUCAUCAACAGGACUGUACCAUGGGUGAGUUCAUUAAUGUAGAAGAAGGUGAGAACAAUUUGACUUUGGUCACUUGUUCUUUGGACAGCUCAAUUGUCGCUUGGAACUGUUACAUGGGUCAGCCUUUGUUCAAGAUUACUCAAGCCGAUAUUAAAGGUUUAGAAGCUCCUUGGGUCUCAUUGUCUGCAGCUCCAGCUUCCCUAACGAAUAACACUGCAGUCAUUGCUGCAGGGUCAAAUAAUGGGCUGUUGGCCAUUAUCAACUGUAGCAACGGAUCUGUACUACAUUUGACCACAGUAAUAGAAUUAAAACCAGAACAAGAUGAACUUGAUGCAUCGAUAGAAUCCAUCACUUGGUCUAGCAAGCUGCCUCUAAUGGCAAUCGGUUUGGUUUGUGGCGACGCACUAUUAUACGAUACAAAAACUUGGAGAGUGAGGCAUAAGUUCCAACUUGAGGACUCUGCCACCAAAUUACAAUUCGACACUAUCAACGGUCACAAUUUAAUUGCUUCUUGCAUCAAUGGUAAAGUAUACAUAUUCGACGCCAGAACAGGCCAAGAAGUACACGUUUGUGUUGGACACAACAUGGGUGUGCUUGAUUUUGUCGUCAUUGAGAACGGGUCCAAGCUAAUCACUGCCGGUGAUGAGGGUGUAUCAUUAAUUUUCGACCUGCCACAAUGA